UUUCAAGUGUCCUCUGCGGUCGAGGGUGUUUAUGUAAACAUAUCUAGGAACGAACCAUGGUAUGCGGUAUGUUUAUAUCUUAUUAUAUUUUCUAGCGCCGAUACCCGGCUGCUAUCAAUGAGAUGUUUAUGUAAACAUAUAUCUAGGAACCGUGGGAUUGUUUUAUAGAUAAAAAUUUAUUUUCAAGCGCCGAUACCCGGCUGCUGUCAAUGAUCGAUUGAGAAGAGGCGAUAUACAGAUCUAGGAACCGUGGGAUUGUUUUAUAGAUAAAAAUUUAUUUUCGAGCGCCGAUACCCGUCUGCAGGGUGGAAAGAGACGGAGAUAUGGUACCGAUAUCAUAUAAUCAAACGGAAAAAAAGGUUUAGCAUCACAGUUGGUUGCGAGUGCUCCAGAAAAGAGUGUUCUGAAAAUCAUCAGUGUGAAAAGUUCUGUGCAACAACAUGGAGCAAAGUGAACUCGACCUGUUGGAGGAAGCCAACAAUGUCACCUCCUUAGACGAAUAUUUCGCGUGGGUGCAACGAUGUGACAAGUAUAUUGAACAAUCGGAAGGACAAAGUCGUGCUAAGCGUCCGCGGCUAUCUAUCGGCAAUAGACAAUCGUUAGUGGCUCGAAUCGCGCGGCUUGAGGGAGUGAAGAAGCGCUUGGAAAGGCGCUUUAUACAUUUUGGUGGUGAUUACGCCGAACAGCCUUCCAGCGUGAAACUCUCUUGGCGAGAGAUUGAGACUGCGUUUGAAAACCGUGUACUAACCGGCGCGGUGAUUAAUGAAGACUACAUCGACCCGCGACAAUUCCUGGAAGCUGCUCGUGAUGUAGUGCUAGAGCAUGUGCGGAACGCUAUUGACAGAUACAACAGUGUAAAAGUGAACACCGUGUUCAACGGAAAGUUCGUGGCGGGUGAGAAGAUCACCAAUAAGAGUAUAAACACGAAAAAUCAUGGCCUCUUCUCUACGUCUGAUCUGCAAGAAUGGUACGAGCAAUACGUGAUCGAGCCCACCCUGGCGUUUCUCGAGGAGUUCCAGGAGCGCGAUAGCGGGUGGGCAUUGUCGCGUAUAUUGAACUUGGUUAUCAACAUCAACAAGCACAAUCCCUUGCACGCGGGGUGUUACAUCACAUUACCGGAGGAAAUCAAGACGAAGAAGGCUGUGGUCAACGUGCAAUCGAUGGACAAUGCAUGUUUUGCGUGGUCGGUGGUCGCCGCUCUGUAUCCGGCGGAAAGACACACGGAACGCGAAUCUUCAUACCCGCACUACACGACGGUGCUGAAUCUCCAGGGCAUAGAGUUUCCAAUGUCAAUGAAAAACAUUGCGAAGUUUGAACGUCUGAACGAUAUUUCCAUAAACGUGUUCGGUACCGAAGAACAGAAUAAGAAGAUAAAUGUGUUGCCGCUACGACUCACCGAUGAGAAGAAGGCUAAGCACGCGAAUCUGCUGUACGUGCAAGAUGCGCAGAACAACAACGUGGGACAUUUCACAUGGAUCAAGAAUCUAUCCCGCUUGGUGAGCUCCCAGAUAAAUAAGCAGAACGGGCAAAAAUACAUUUGUGAUCGAUGCCUGCACUACUUCUACACUAAGGAGAAGUUAGAGGCCCACACCGUGGAUUGCCAACAGCUGAACGACUGCGCAAUCGUUCUACCAAACGAAGAGGACAAGUGGUUAAGUUUCAGCAAUUACAACAGAAAGGAGCGGAUGCCGUUUGUAGUAUAUGCAGACCUUGAAUGUGUAUUGCAGAAGACGGAGGAGGACGACCCGAAACUGUACCAGCGUCAUCAGGUAUCCAGUAUAGCGUAUUACGUGCGAUGCUUCUACGACAAAGCGUUAUUCGGGUACCGAUCCCGUCGCGAUAAGGAGUGCGUGUCAUGGUUCGUUGAACAACUAAAAGAGUUAGCGUAUCGCGUGAAAGCGAUUUUGUCGAGAAAUGUCCCCAUGAUAGAAUUAACGCGAGAUGAGCGCGAAAAAUUUAACAACGCAACGCAGUGUCAUAUCUGCGAGAAACCGUUCACGUCAGAUGACACGCGGGUUCGCGAUCAUUGCCAUCUCACCGGUCAGGACAGAGGUCCCGCGCAUUCUAAUUGUAACUUAAAUUACAAAGAUUCGCAUGCCAUUCCAAUAGUGUUCCAUAAUUUAUCCGGCUACGACGCGCAUUUUAUCAUUACGGAAAUAGCCACCGCGUUCGCGGGCAAUGUCGAUGUAUUGCCCAUACCUAAAGAAAAAUAUAUUUCCUUUACAAAAAAUGUUGGGGAAAUAGGUGAAAAAAUAGCAAACUGGAAAGAUAGAAAUAUAAAAUUACGAUUUAUUGAUUCCUUUAAAUUCUUGAGCAGUAGCCUGGAUAAAUUGUCAUCAUUUCUCAGUAAAGAUAAACUUAAAACAUUACGAUCCGAAUUUGCGCACCUCUCUACCGACGACUUUGAUUUAUUAACGCGAAAGGGUGUUUUCCCUUACGAGUACGUGGACUGCGCCGAAAAAUUGGAGGAUACUCGCCUACCGUCGCGCGAAUCAUUUUAUAGUUCCUUAACGGGUGUCAUGGUAUCCGAGAGCGAUUACGCGCACGCUGUCAACGUGUGGCAACGGUUCGCCAUUCGAACGUUAGGCGAGUACAGCGACCUAUAUCUAAAAACAGAUGUCAUGUUGUUGGCCGACGUAUUUGAAAAUUUCCGCGAUAGCUGCAUAAAGAGUUAUGGUCUUGAUCCCGCAUACUAUUACACUUUGCCCGGUUUUACGUGGGACGCGAUGCUCAAGCAUACGCGUAUAAAUUUUGAAUUGUUAACUGAUAUCGACAUGGUCAUGUUCAUAGAACGCGGUAUACGCGGCGGCCUAAGUCAGUAUUCGCACAGGUACGCGCAAACCAACAAUAAGUACAUGCAGUCGUAUGAUCCAUCGAAACCUUCAUCUUACCUAAUGUACUUUGAUGUUAAUAACUUGUACGGCUGGGCAAUGUGUCAACCACUGCCCUAUGCCGAUUUUCGAUGGGUCAACGACAUUUCCAAUUUCAACGUAAACGUGAUCGCUCCGGAUUCGCCAAAAGGGUACGUACUCGAAGUUGAUCUCGAGUAUCCGUGGCAUCUCCAUGACGCGCACGCUGACCUGCCGUUCUGUCCGACGCGCGAUAAGCCGCCAGGCAAACGGCAGGAUAAGUUGCUCGCAACUUUAUACGACAAGAAGCGGUACGUCAUCCAUUACCGCAACUUGCAACAGUGUACGCAUCACGGUCUUCGCGUCACAAAAAUCCAUCGCGUAUUAGAAUUCGCGCAAUCUCCAUGGCUCCGCGAUUAUAUUGAACUAAAUACACGAUUUAGAACGGCCGCUACCAAUGAUUUCGAGAAAAAUUUAUACAAAUUAAUGAACAACGCGGUAUUUGGAAAAACCAUGGAGAACGUGCGCAAUCACGUAGAUGUUAAACUUGUAACGAAAUGGAACGGACGAUACGGCACAGAGGCAAUGAUCGCGAAACCCAAUUUUCAUAGUCGCAGCAUCUUUUCAUCAAACCUGGUCGCGAUCGAGAUGCGUAAGCUCGAGGUGAAAUUCAACAAACCGAUCUACGUAGGUAUGUGCAUCCUCGACAUAUCCAAGGUCUGUUUGUACGAGUUUCACCACGAGUACAUGUUACCGUUAUAUCACGACAAAUGCAAGAUCAUGUACACGGAUACCGAUAGUUUAAUUUAUCAUAUUGAGUGCGAGAACGUGUACGAACAAAUGAAACGCGACAUUGCGAGAUUCGAUACAAGUGAUUACGCGUCCGACAACAUUUAUGGAAUACCGCUCAUGAAUAAAAAGAUACCAGGUCUUAUGAAAGAUGAGAACAACGGCGCGAUAAUGACGGAAUUCGUGGGGCUCAGAGCGAAAAUGUACGCUUUGAAAGUAGACAGUAAAAAGGAUACCAAAAAGGCGAAAGGUGUUAAGAGUAACGUAGUUGUACGAAAAAUAACUUUUGAUGAUUACGUGCAGUGUUUGAGGGAAAAGAUUGAAAUGAGUCGAGAUCAGUCUCGUAUAACAUCGCAGCUGCACAAAGUGUACACCGUUCGCGAGACGAAAAUCGCUCUGAGUCCGUACGACGAUAAGCGUUACAUCGUACCCGAUUCCACGAACACGCUACCGUGGGGGCAUUUGCGAAUACCAUUGUAAAAUAUUUAGGA